CGAGCCAGUUCUCCGGUAUCGUUCGAAGGGAGGGUACGCUGCGUUCCCGUCGGCUCCGAGCCUACUUUUACGUUGAUCCUUUGAAAACCGGUUGGAAAGUGCCCGAGGUGUGGCGUGGGCGAUUAUAGUGCCGCGUUCAACCGUAAAACGGUCUCUUUACAGUACAAAAUAUACUUUUGGUGUUACAAUUUAACUUUGGAAGUAAAGUGAGUGAGUGAGUCACUUGGAUCAGCGGUCCCGCUAUCUUGGAGUUGGAAUCGAGAGCGAGAGCGGAGAUAAACGACGCGCGUGCGAGCGGGACGGCGACAGUGUCCAGUUCAAAACCAGUAUAGGUUUUUUGGAAAAAAAGUGACCCAUCCUAGAGGCAUCGCCUAGUAUGCCAGAGUAGUUGAGUGCAGUGAGUGUUGAAUCUGUGUUCGAAAGUGGAUACAAAGAUGGCCGCGUUUCCCGCCUUUUUUGGAUUGCUCAUGGCCGCUGUAGUGACAGGUCAAAUGGUGGACAUCACGCCUCGCGAGGCGGUCAGACGAGUGGGUGACGAGCUGAAAGUGCUGUGCAAGGUGCCCUACGUGAUCGACUCUUGCCGGAUGACAGUCGGGACGACAUCGUACAGACUGCGACCGGACCUCACGGGCGGUGACGUCAUCUACACCGGGAAUGGAUUCAAGUCGGGCGAGUGCGGCGCUCUCAUCAAGAACAUCAAGGAGGAAUGGAACGGCAACGUGACGUGCGUGCUGCCACCUCAAACUGGCAGCAUUGAAUUGGCUGGAGCUAUGCGCUUGGUCGUGGCCAGACCGCCCGGCGAGCCUCAGCUGCGAUCACCCAACGAGCCUUCCUUCGCUGAAGACACCAACUUUAUGGCACAGUGCGUAGUACCUGAUGGUAGACCCGCCGCCAGGAUCAGCUGGUUCCUGGACAAGGAACAGAUCCUCCACGGCACCCACCAGCCCAUCAUAACCUCGGAACCGGGCAGCGACCUUCAGACCAUCUCCCAGAACAUCAGCCGCAUGCUAACAGCCGACGACGGCGGCAAAACUCUCACCUGUGUCGCGGAGCAUGAGGCUUUGGAUCAACCGAGAGAGGCGCGCCGACAGCUGAUUGUGCACUACAUGCCUAAGCGUCUGGAAUCCGGCCCCAUCACCAUCUUCGGCCUCAAGCUGGGAGCCCCAGGGCUCCUCAACGUGACAGUUAGGGCCAACCCCCCGCCACAUGCGGAAUGGAGGGUAGGAGAUGUGACGCUGGCUCCUGGAAUGAGCAAUAAAGGGAUUAGCGCCUUAGAACCCGUGCAUAUGGGCAGCGGCUUCUACAACAUCAGCUUAUUCCUGCCUCACAUAAGCAAAGAGGACGUGGACCGCAAGUACUACCUGAGGGCCUCCAACGAACUCGGCGCGCAGGAGUAUACCGUCAUGAUCAGCACCAUGGACGAGCCAGCUGGAGUAGAACUCGAGACGGGCGCGAUCGUAGGCAUCGUGAUAGCGGUUCUGGCGCUACUCAUUGCCGUAUUCCUGGUGGUCUUCGCGAAGGCUACGGACCGGUGGUGUUUCGCUGGACGUUCGCAUCGGACCGAUAUACCGGACGGGGCCGACUCGGAGGCUCCCCUGCCGUCCCACGAUGACGUCAAAGGCUCAGAGAACCCCACCCACGAUCACGGGGAGUACAUCAGCAACGGCGACACGAAGCACCCGGAGAAAAAGCCCGACACGGCCGUUUAAAUCGUAAGUCGCGCUGUCAUUCGGGGAGGGGGCUUGGUAACCGUGAUUGUCCCCUUGGUGACACCUACAAGGGGACAAAUCCCCUUUUAAAACAAAGGCUAGCUCCUCUCAACUAAAUCUAUUACUGUUAAGAGUGAGAUGGUCCCCUUGGUAACACCUACAAAGGGACAAAUCCCCUUUUAACGUAAAGACUAGCUCCUCUCAACGACAACUGUUAGGUAACAGUGAGAUGGUCCCCUUGAUAACACCCACAAGGGGACAAAUCCCCUUUAAACACAGGCUAGCUCCCCUCAAUUACAUCUAUUAGGCAGUAAUAUUCUAGUGAACUGCCCUUGGUGACAUACCAAAAAUCUUAUUAUUCUCUAAGCUAUGGGCACGUUGGUAAUUAAUAUUUGACAUUUCCUUAGCUAAAAUAUGAAUUUUCUAUAUUUAAAUGAUUAAUUUGAAUGUUUAGGCCAAUAACUAAAUUUUUAAAUUGUUAUAUUAAAUGCUAAAAUUACUAAAAUUUUAGCUCCAUCAAUAUUAGUCAAUAAAUGUUAUACAUAGAUUAAUGAAAGAAAAACCUACCUCCCCUUCUCUCUUUUUGUGUUUAUGUCCUCUCUACGAAUAUACCCGAAUGAUAGCUAUAAAUUCCGAACUUUUUUUUAGUUUCGUAUAGUGCCAGAUUGAGUUAUUUCGAGAACUUGUUACAUUACGUAAUAAAGUGUAUAAUGUCGAACGAUUUGUUUAAUCCAAAAAUAUAUUUUCGUUGGUGAAACUUAUGAAGACUUGUACACAUUAAUUUUAAAAUUAUUAGUUUAAAAUCAUAUUAAAGAAAAUUAUUAUCGGAAAAUAAAUUGCACUAGUUAAAUAGUGAAUAAAACCAAUAAAAUGUGUAGAAGUCUUAAUAUUUUAAAUAAGUUAUGAUAAAGCUAUGUUUGAAUUGCCAUUUCUUUUUCAAAUUAUAAUAAGAAAUGUCUUUUUCUAAUGUUGUCCACCAAUUUUGAAUCUUUACCGUGUGACCGGGAAAAAAAUGUACAUUUGAUUUCCAAUUUUCUUUCGACUAACUGUAACAAACUAUGUAUGAUUUUUUCCCCGGUCAUUUGAUAGUUUGUAAUAAUUUUUAACAUAUUUGUAGAGAAAUUAUAUAAGAAUCUCAUUAUAGGAACGUUUUUAAUGUAAUAUCCCGUAUUACAACGAAUCCCAACCUUUUAAAGCCGUCGUUUUGACUAAAUAGCUAUAAGAAUUCGCUGUCUAAAAAGUAUCAAUGAUUUAUAUAAAUAUUAAUAUGAAAAUACAAUCAACAUUUUAACUUAAAACAUUAUUUGAAUGUUGAACACACCAUGCAAUAUAUUGAUACUUUUUAAUAGUAAAACAGAAUUGAAUAAUUGCGCCAUUUUUUACGCUUUUUGACAAUUUUUAUGCAAAUUUGUUUUAUAAUAAAAUCAAAAACUAUUAAAUCACAAAUUCAUACAUAUUAUAUUUAAGACUCGCGACUUAUUUAUUAGAUUAAUAAGUUUUCUUUUAUGUAAUUACAAAAUGUUUGCAAAAGAAAAUUGAUUCACAAUAUUUUGUUCUUUUGCGUACCAUUUCUUGAUAACUCAUCUUUUGAAAUAAGUUUAGUUUAUUUUUAGUAAUGUAAUGUGUUCGUACCACCAUCUUUUAUAUAAUUUUUAUUAUUUUGUAUAUAAAAAGCGUGUAAUGACACAUUAAAUUUAUUUUUAAGUGUAGAAUCUUGCAGUUACAUUUAAUUUAGUAUUGAUUAAAUUAAGCAAAAACCAAUAUUGACGAAUAUGGAAUUAAAGAAUCACACAACUGUUGUAAAAACAUGUUUAUGAAUUGAUUUUAUGUUAAGCUUAGCAUUUUAAGUCACCAUUGUGAUUUUUUAAGUAUUUUUAACAAGUUAGGUACAUAGUAAGACUUUUUUGUACAUUUUACUAAAUAUUUAGCGCUAAAAGUUUCAACUGACAAACUGAAUUUAGCGCUAAAUUGUAUUUAGUGAGCGUGCAAAGUGACUUAAGAAUUUAUUUUUGUACCAAUUUAGUUAGUUAUUCGCAUAGCUACUUCAGAUUUGUCAAUUAUGACACCCCGUACACUACAGACUUAUAUCGGCUGAUAGUUUGGUCGAGCUGAUCAGAAUGAACAUGUAUGGAAGCACGCACAUUACAUCGAUUUUGUAUCGGCCGAUAUCUUAUACAAAUUUAAAGCCGAUCAAACUAUCGGUCGAAAAAGUCUGAAGUCUGCGGGACUUUAAGAAACACGAACUUUUGGAACACUGCCAUUUUGCACUUCGCCAAACUAGGCUUCGAAAUUUCGCUCAAAUUAUUUUUAGCUUUUGGAAAACUUCUUACUACUUACACUCAAGAUACAACAUGUCACAGAGAAAGUAUAGAAAAAAACAAAUAGU